AUGCUUUAUCAUCCUGCUUACGCAAUGGCAAUACUAUGUACUGUUGGUGGGAUUGCUGGCUACGCUUCCAAAAAAUCAGUACCUUCCAUAGUGUCAGGUGUAGGUAUUGGUAUGGGAUAUGCCGCUGUUGCUUCCAUCUUAUUAGCUGGUGUCAUGAUUCCUCGGAUGAUUAAAUAUGGUAGACCUAUUCCUUUAUCACUUAGCAUUUUAUCUGUUGGUAUUGGUACUUAUUAUGGUAAAAAAGUUUACGAUAAUAUGGUUCACGUUAAUAACAACAGUGUUGAUGAUACUAAGAAAUCAUGA